AUCAAUCAUCAUCAACCUACAACCAAGACUCCUAUACUUCAAUCUACUCUAUCUUUUGAUAGUUUAACUAACUCGAUCGUCAAACAAUUCACCAAUAUGGAUCAUCACGAUCAUUCUACGAUGGAUCACUCUACCAUGGAUCACUCUAUGCAUCAUGAUAUGGGUGCUGAUGCGAUGAGAAGAUGUUCAAUGAAUAUGAUCUUCAAUUGGGACGCCACCGGUACCUGUAUCGUUUUCCGACGAUUCUAUGUCUCAGGAACAACUUCUUUAAUAAUGUACAUGAUCCUACUCUUCCUUUUAUCAAUCGGUUAUGAGUAUAUGAGAUUAGCAGCCACACGAUAUGAUUGUAUGACUCGAAUCAAAUUAGGGAUGGAAUCUAGCUCCAAACGGAAUGGAAAACGGAUGGGAGGAAGUGAUUCACCUAAUCGAAACCUUUCUUCUGCUUCUUCAAGUUCGAAUGAAAAUUUGGAUUCUAUAAAAGCUUGGGGAAAAUUCGUGGUUCCUAAACAUCUUCAACUUACUCGUAGUUUGUUUUAUGUUGCAAACAUUGCGGUUUCUUUCUUUUUAAUGUUAGUGGUGAUGACUUAUAAUGCUCAAAUCAUAGCUGCUGUACUAGCUGGUGCAUUUGUUGGACAUUUUCUUUUUCAUCGUGAAUUAAGUUACGAAGAUGGUGGAAAAGGAAUGGCUUGUCAUUAAUCAAAUGAACUGAACCUUCAACCCAAAAUCUUUAUUUACCUAAACCACUCAAAAAUUAGACUUCAGAAUCCCGAGUUUUUUAUAUCAUGCACAUUUUUUUCUCUGUUCUUCUUUCACUGUAUCAAAACUACAAAAAAAAAUCAUAUCUGUUAUUACUACUGUUAUCUUUCUUGAUUUAACAAUCUCCCAUCACAUCUCAGUUAUAUAAACUUAAAACUAUUUCAUUCUAAAUUUGAUAUAGAUUAUUUUUGAUUGUCUUUUGACUCUAUAUGAAAGUAUCUGAUGUUGAUCUGAACCUUUACCUC